UUUAUAUUGUCGUCACUAAAUGAUGUCUUGGAGUUAAACACCUAUACCAUGAUUGCUUCUAAACUCACGUUAGCCUUUGAGAUACUAUCUGAGAAUCUGGAUAUCAAAUUAAUCUAACCAUGAGAGAAGAGACAGUGUCUUGGAAAUACUUUAAACGAGAUAUUGUGCCAUUCGCUGCUAUGGUCGCAGUCGAGUGUACCACGGUUGGAUCGAGCACACUGUUCAAAGCUGCUACCUUAAGAGGAUUUAGCUUUUAUGUCUUUGUGUUCUACUCUUAUGUUGGUGCUACACUUGUCCUUUUACUACUUUCCCUCAUCUUUGGAAGGUCAAGAAGUUUACCUUCAGCCAAGUCUCCUCUCUUCUUCAAGAUUUUCUUACUUGCUCUUCUCGGGCUCACGUCGCGGGUAGCUGGUUGUAAAGGUAUAGAAUAUAGCUCCCCUACUCUUUCCUCUGCUAUUAGCAAUCUUUCACCAGCUUUCACCUUCAUGCUUGCCGUCUUCUUCAGGAUGGAACAAGUAGUGUUGAGAAGCUCUGCAACUCAGGCUAAAAUCAUUGGGACAAUAGUAUCUAUAUCUGGUGCUCUGGUUAUUUUUCUGUAUAAAGGCCCAAAAAUUCUUGUUGCUGCAUCUUUUACUUCAUUCGAGUCAAGUUGGAUAACUGGAGGCCUUUUGCUUGGUUUACAAUUUUUGCUUCUUUCAGUCUGGUUUAUUCUUCAGACUCAUAUCAUGGAGAUAUAUCCUGAAGAGAUAGCUGUAGUCUUCUGCUACAACUUAUGUGCAAUGGUCAUCUCAGCGACAAUAUGUCUGAUUGUAGAAAAAGACUCGAGUUCUUGGCAGCUUAAACCUGGUUUUUCCCUUGCUUCAGUCAUAUACUCGGGACUCUUUGAUACAUCAUUGGGCUCAGUUAUUCACACAUGGGGUCUGCAUGUGAAGGGUCCGGUCUACGUAUCCUUGUUUAAGCCAUUGUCUAUUGCAAUCGCAGUCGCCAUGGCUGCUAUAUUCCUUGGCGAUGCUCUUCACCUUGGGAGUGUGAUUGGAUCAGUGAUACUAAGCUUUGGGUUUUACACUGUGAUUUGGGGCAAAGCAAGAGAAGAUGCAAUCAAAACAUAUAUUUCACAAGCUCUAUGAAGUUUCCCCUAUUAGCUGAUUCUACUGACUCAUCAUGACCUCAAAAAGGUAAUCCUUGCCGUAAUAAAUAUCUACAAACAUCAAUUGAAGCAUUCAAUCUGAUUCUGUAUUCAUUUUUUGCAGCAUCAUCAUGCUUAUAAAAAGCAUGAACAAUUGAUUGACCUUGUCUCAUCAAAUUAUCAGCCAUUUUCAAUGCAUUAUUGUGAAAACUAUUCACUUCUCCCACAUGAACACUCAAUCUCUUUGGAUUUUUCCAUGUAUCAAAUCCCCUUGUUACAAAUUCAUCACUUCCACCUUUAUUUUCUGUGUAAUCUCUAAACAAGUAGCAAACCAAACAAAAAGCCUUGUCUGUCUUCACACUAUAUUCCAGCCAAUCACCAUAAAGAUCAAACCAAAUUGGAUUGAAUCGUCUCAAUUUAUCUCCGGUUAGUGUUCUAGGAAAUUUGUGACCACGAGGUUGAUAAGGACCCUUAACUAAAUAUUUGCGUCUUACCUCAUCUCUUUGGUUAGGGUGAUAUUCCACAAUUCGUUUCCUAUCUGCAGGGUCCACGGGUAAAUUCUCCAAAUCAUCAUGAGAAUGAGAUGUACUUGUUGGUUUUUUUGGAAAAUAUUUUUCCAUAGAUCACCUAAUAAAAAACAUAGCAUGAAUUCAUCAAUAUAUAUUUAAAGCAAUUGAAUGAGACUAUCAAUUUAUCUAGAAUAAGAAGAAAAUCAAUAGACAAGUUUAUAUGCUAUAACACGUAAACAGAAUUUUGUCCAACGACAAGUUUUGCAUCAAUUACUUACUGUUGUUUAUAUGCUGUUUGAUAAAAAAUAA